CGCCCCUUUUCAGCGAAGAAGCUUCCAAGGCGAAAGACGCGUUCCCUACAGCGCGAAUAGGCUACACGCCGUGCCACGGUGUCUGCUUGAGAUUGUAGCCUACACCGUGUCAAUGGAUUUCACUCCGAUUUCAAACAGUAUUUCGGAAUUUAAAAUAUUGAAAGGCAAUUGACUUCGAUGUCAACACUGCAGCACGGACUUGCUCUUGGGCCUGGAAGAGUGACAGCGGGUUCAUGUGAUGGCAGAGCUUGUAGAGAGAGCAUACUGGAGCCAGGGGAGCUGAGAGCCUGUGAUGUGCUGAAUCCACCACAGGCAGGGGAAACUGCAAAGCCUUAAGAGCAGGAUGGACCUCCCCAACUGCACAUUAGGGGCGCUGGCCUCAAACAGCUGUGUCAGCUAUGACUCCCUGGACACUGCUGGAACACCUCCUAAAAAGAUCAUGCUUACCUUGACGCUGUCUGUGCUUGCCGUUGUAACCACGGUCAUCAACUGCCUGGUCAUCACCACCGUCAUAGUGACCCGCAAGCUGCACCACCCGGCCAACUACCUCAUCUGCUCCCUGGCCUCCACGGAUCUCCUGGUGGCCGUGCUGGUCAUGCCCUUCAGCAUCAUCUACAUCCAAAAGGAGAUCUGGGUCAUGGGCCAGAUUGUGUGCACCAUCUACCUGAGUGUGGACAUCACCUGCUGCACCUGCUCCAUCCUCCAUUUGGCCGCCAUCGCCAUCGACCGAUACAGGGCCAUCACGGACGCCGUGGAGUAUGCUCGCAAGCGAACCGGAGCCAGGGCGGCGGUGAUGGUGGCCGUGGUGUGGGGGCUGUCCAUCCUGAUCUCCCUGCCCCCCUUGCUUUGGCGGCACUACAGUGGCGACGCAGAGCAGGAUGACCAGUGCAUCAUCACCUACGACCACAUUGCCUUCACCCUGUACUCCACCUUGGGGGCGUUCUACAUACCCCUGCUGCUCAUACUCAUCCUGUACUACAAGAUCUACCGCGCCGCCCAGACGCUGUACAUGCGCCGGGAGGCCAGCCGCGCCAGUCGGUACUCCUGCAUGACCAACGGGAGCACCAUGCCCUCCUCGUAUCCCGCCGGCGACGGCAGCCCGUUGCCCCAGAGCCCCGUGGUGCCACAGGACAAGUCUUUCUCCGACCCGUCGACCGAGGACCGCGAGCGUGACCGCACGCGCGUCGCCGCCAGGGCCUGCCGGAGGAAGUCGCGUCGGAGCGAGUCGUGCCGCAGCGAAUCGUACCGCAGCGAGUCUCGACGGGGAACGUUCGGUCAGGGUCCUCGGAUCUCAGGCACGCGAGAGCGCAAGGCGGCGUCCACGCUCGGCAUGAUUUUGGGUGCGUUUGUCAUCUGCUGGCUUCCCUUCUUUGUCAAAGAGGUGAUUGUCAACACCUGCGCAUCUUGCAGUAUCUCAAUGGAACUGGCUGACUUUCUGACGUGGUUGGGCUACCUGAAUUCUCUUAUCAACCCGCUUAUCUACACUAUCUUUAAUGAGGACUUUAAAAAAGCUUUUCAAAGACUGGUUAGAUGCAAUCAUUACUGAUGGACUCUUCAGCGCAAACAUACAUAGGUGCACACUUAGCUCGUAGAGAGCAUUCUGGUGAAAAUAAUGAUGGAUGAGAUACUAUCAAGAUGUGUCACUUUUCAAAGAUUAAAUGAUCGGUGCCCGGUUCUUCCUGACACACAUUUGGUCGGUCAUUGCAAAUAGCGGGAGCUUGGUGGUUGAGCUCUGCAGAGACAUAAUUACAGAUAGAAAUCCAGACUUCGUAUUAAUAGACACUUAAAGAUCUCCUCAACGUUAAUUGAAGUCUGUUCUGACAUCGAUCCUAGGAGAAUUUAAGUUGAUUCAAGUGGGAUGAGACAUUGUCAGGCCAGAUAAUUGGCAAAAAUGACCAUUAGCAACCAAUUUUAGGGGAUCGAGGCAAAAUUAACGAACCUCAUCUCAAGGUUUUCAAAUUGCCAAUCUUUACGCCUGUUCAAACUUUCUCAUGUUCAUAAUGGUUAGGGGAGGUUAUAGUACAUAACUAAUAUAUUUUUUAACAUUUAUUCAGCUUUGUUAGUGAGUGAGCAACUUUGAAAUACAUUAUGAUUGAAAUACAUAUGAUCUUGUUGGGACAUUCUGCAAUACUUAAAUCCUACACGUAUGCAGUCAUUUAAAUUCCUCUUAAAAGUAGUCUUUCAUUGAACAGUGUUUAUCAUGGAAAAAGUAUACAAUUCUUUUUUUUAGAGUGAGUGAAAAAGUUUUUGUACAGGUCUGAAGAUGACAUAAUAUAUGGAUAUGGAUGAAAUACUUUUGUUUUUGAUGCAGCGAGUUCAGAGAGUGAUAACAGCAAUUGUGUAGAUUGCAUUACCUGCAUACUUUCUAUACUGCUAUAUCCCCUAAAGGCACUUUGGUUUUCACCGGCCCCUGAGAUUAAUGAAUGUGAACCAAACACUGGUGGACAUAUUCAUUACACAACUCCCACUCAAGGUUCUUGAAAUAGAACUAUUUAUCCCAUACAGUGUCUAUUGCUCAUGUGCAAUAGACACAUGAGCGAGUAAGCUGGAGCCAUACAGGGUGAAUUCCAGACCGCAAUAUAUCACUCUGCAUCUUAUGUCCUGAGUUGAAAGAAAGUAUUUAAAUUAAUUUAUUUAUUUAUUAAAGAUAUAUUGGACCAUGUUAGGCAUAUUGAAAUACAAAGUAUUUUAGAACAUACCAGGCCAAAAAGCAACACCCAAUGAGUACUUUAAGGAGGUAUACUAUUGAAAUGAAUGGUUGUGACUUAACCAAAUCAUAACAUGCAAUCAUAAGAUGAUGUAUACACUAUGUAUACAUACAUUACGUUGAAUAAUGUUCAUUUAAAACAUUGCAUUGUGGCGCCACACACUGGCUACAAAAUAUAUUGUUUUCAAAUUAUGGUAAAUGGAAAAUCAUGAAUAUAAGUACUUUCCUAUGUGUGUGAUUAAGCGAGUGCCUCCUUAACUGUAGUUUGAAGAUUAUUUGUAUUAAAGUGCCAUGGUAUG